AGAACCAAACAAAAAAACGGAGUUUUGAUCCACGCACCAUGCAGAAUUUCAACAAGAAGCUCAAACAAUCUCGGGAAUUUCCCGCCACUCACGCGCCGCCGCAUCUCGCCGGCGAUCAUGAGUAUUCCGUCAUCGCCUCCGCCCUCAAGUGCAUCAUAGAUGGCAUCGGCGCACCCUCAGCGGAGUCUCAUCAUUCUCCCUGCUCUGCCUCUUCCUCAGCCUCGACCACUUCCUCUCCCGGCGGCGGCGAGGAAGUUUCUCCGCCGGGAGAAGACACGUGCAACAUUUCCCGGGCGCCGCCGGAGACGGAGGAAGAUGAGAAGAAGAGAAAUGCAGGGGAGAAGAAUGGGGUGAAGAAGAAGAGGAAGAAUUACAGAGGAGUGAGGCGGAGGCCGUGGGGGAAAUGGGCAGCGGAGAUUCGGGACCCGCGGAAGGCGGUCAGGGUGUGGCUGGGGACGUUCCGAACGGCAGAAGAGGCGGCCCGGGCCUACGACCGGGCCGCCAUUGAGUUCAGAGGCCCGAGAGCGAAGCUCAACUUUUCCUUCUCCGAUUACGCGACGGCCGCUCCAAGCCCGCCGCCGGAGCAGACCAACUCAAGCGCUUAUUCAUCGGCAGGUACGAGGAAGGGAAGUGGCGAAAUCUGGGAAUUGGCGGGAGAUGGGGAGGUUCAAGAAUGGCUUUUGAUGAUGGAUUUCAAUGCGUUUGAGAUCAUUGCAUUUACCAAUUCUGGGCUUUUUGUCUCACCUAAUAUAUGUGACAAAUUUGAUUAAAUGUCAUUUGUUUAUUCCGAAUCAAUUUUACAGAGCAUUCCUCUACGUCAAAUUUGAACUAAAUAGUACUAAAACAUAAUGAAUCUUUUUAUUCCUU